AUGAUUAUCCCUGUUCGGUGCUUUUCUUGUGGCAAGGUUGUCGGUGAUCUUUGGGAACGUUAUUUACAGCUACUUGAUGAGGGUAUUCCGGAUGGUGAUGCUAUGGAUCAGCUUGGUUGCAAGAGGUACUGUUGCCGCAGAAUGAUCAUGACACACGUCGAUCUCAUUGAAAAGCUUCUUCGGUACAAUCCUGCUGAAAGAGAUCGGGCAAAAUCUCAAAUAUGA